UUGCCUUUAUUUAAUAUUCUUGCCCGCGUAAAUGAAAAGGACAUUUAUUAUAAUAAUUUAAAAAAAAACAAAUGGAAAACCUCCUAAAUCCAAGCUGUUUUCCAGAUAAACCCAAACUCCACAAAAGUUAUAUUCACACCUCUCUUUUCUCUUCUCAUCUCAAAUCACAACAAACUAUUACAAAAUACAAAACAUUUCAUCAAAUCAACCAAGAAAGCUAAAGAAAAGUUAUCCUUUCUCUUCCUCAUAAAGUCUCAGAAGAUUGACAAUGAUGAUGAUAUUUCUAUAAAGUAUAUCUCUUAUAUAUUCUAUCUUUUCUAUUACAUGGAGAAGAAGAUUAAAGAGGAUCAUCAUCAAGAACAACAAAAAAAGGAGCCCAACAGUACCAAGAACACAGAGACAACAACAUCAUCAUCAACACACAUGAUGAAUCUUAUUACAACAUCAGAUCAUCAUCAGAUGGAGCUAGCUGGGAACAACAUGAAUCUCUCUAGCAUCUUCGAUAUUCCAAUAUCUUCACCUUUUGCUUAUUCUUAUUUCGAAGAUCACUCCUCUAAUAACCCCAACUCUUUCCUUGACUUGCUCCGACAAGACCAACAUCAGUUUGCUUCCUCCUCUAACUCAUCUUCUUUUUCAUUCAAUGCCUUUCCUCUCCAAAACAACACCAACCACAUUUUUACGGAUUUACCCUUGUCUCAACCUGUAACAACAAAGGAUGAGUCCUCAGAAGUUGUGAGCACAACACCGACAUCUCCAAACGCAACCUCAUUCUCCUCUUCAUCUAACGAAGCUGAUAAUGAUAAUAUAAAUAAAGAGGUUACUGUUAAAGACCAAGAAGAUGGAGAUCAACAUGGGCCAAAGGGUACUAAGCCACAGUUGAAGGCGAAGAAGAAGCAACAAAAGAAGGCAAGAGAGGCUAGGUUUGCGUUUCUGACGAAGAGUGAUAUUGAUAAUCUUGACGAUGGUUAUAGGUGGAGAAAGUACGGCCAGAAAGCUGUCAAAAACAGUCCUUAUCCCAGAAGUUAUUACCGCUGCACCACAGUGGGUUGUGGAGUGAAGAAGAGAGUGGAGAGAUCCUCCGAUGAUCCUUCCAUCGUCAUGACAACUUACGAAGGUCAACAUACUCAUCCUUUCCCCAUGACGCCACGUGGACACAUCGGAAUGCUUACGUCACCAAUCCUCGACCAUGGUGCAACCACCGCGUCAUCAUCAUCGUCAUUCUCUAUCCCUCAGCCACGCUACUUGCUAUCUCAGCAUCAUCAACCUUACAACAUCAUGUACAACAAUAACUCUCUAAGCAUGAUCAAUAGAAGCUCCUCCUCUGAUGGCAGUUUCGUAAAUCCAGGGUCAUCAUCAUUCCAUGGAUUUGGUUGUGAUAUGUCACAAGCUUCGACGUCAACUACUGCUGCCAUUAGAGAUCAUGGAUUACUUCAAGAUAUUCUUACUUCGAAGAUCAGAUCGGAUACUAUUAACACUCGAACCAAUGAAGAGGACAAUAAAUGCACAACUAUUUUCCCCGGGGUACUUUUUUUUUCUGGCCGGGACCGGUUGAUUUAUGAGGAGUUUUUGACCGGUUUAGAUAAUUAAGCCGAUAUUGCUAGCUGGUUUUUGGAUGUUUUUCAAAACCUACCCAUAUUUUCAAGUCAAAUCCAAAACCAACCUUUUUUUUUUCCAUACUAUUUAUCAAUAAAAUUUCCAUAUCAUCCUUAUGUUUUUGAAUUA